UGUCGGAGCACAAUAGUGUAGCCUGCAGUGGGUUUUCUGCUGAAGAAUUUUGGCAGAACACAUGGUCUUCAAGUCCUUUUAAUGACCAAAGUACCUUUUACUGGAGCUGUGACAACAGUGAAAGCUCCCCCUACUCCCCCCUUUCUCUCUCUCUCUCUUUCUCAAUCCCUCCCUGUGUCUCUCUGCCUUCCUCUUUUCCAUCCCCUCACUCUGAAGAGUGCAGCCGAAAAGAAACUAGUCUCCUGCCUCUGGUAUCAUCCCCGUGGAGCCAGGCAAAUGUUGGAGAGCGCCGCGGACGCACAAGUGCAAUAUUCAUCAGGGAGAGUGUAAGCGUGUGGAGGAGGAGUGGAGUAAAGAGGAGAGGAGAGGCACACUCUCUCUAUCCUUCACCUAGCUGCUUUUCUGCAGCGCACUUCCAAUUCAUCAUGGAUCUCUGGAGUAAAAAAGUCAGGGGGAUUAUUACACAGGUCGCCCUGAUACUUUUCAGCUCAUUUGGUGUAACAUGGGGAGAGAUAUGUCACAGUCCACUGGUCCACAAUCUACCACCAUCCUCCUUCAGAAGCUCCUCACAACUGUCUGGUAGCCAUGGACCGGGCUUUGCUAAGCUGAACCGGAGAGAAGGAGCUGGAGGUUGGUCUCCUCUGAGCUCAGACAAAUAUCAGUGGUUGGAGGUUGAUCUUGGCGAGCGGACACAAAUCACUGCUGUUGCUACCCAGGGUCGCUAUGGCAGCUCUGAUUGGCUGACGUCCUACCUGCUAAUGUUCAGUGACACAGGGCACAACUGGAGACAGUAUCGACAGGAGGACAGUAUUGGGGCAUUUCCUGGUAACAGUAAUGCAGACAGUGUGGUCCAGCACAAGCUCCAGCAUCAUGUCAUCACUCGCUAUGUCCGCCUGAUCCCCCUGGACUGGAAUCCCAAUGGCCGGAUUGGACUAAGACUGGAGACUUACGGAUGUCCUCACGACUCUGAUGUAGUGAGCUUUGAUGGCCGCAGCAGCCUCCUCUUCAGGUUGAGUCCACGACCAAGGCAGACGACAAUGGAGAGCAUCUCUGUGACAUUUAAAACCCUGAGAAACUCUGGGAUACUGCUUCAUGCCGAGGGACGGAACGAGCACAGCCUCACACUCGAGUUAGAGAAAGGAAAGCUUCUCCUGCUCCUCAGAAAAGGCAGGAGUUCAUCGCCAGACAGUCAGCAUCUUAUUUCACUGGGCAGUCUGUUAGAUGACCAACACUGGCACCACGUUGCAGUGGAGCACCACAGCACUCACCUAAACCUCACCGUGGAUAAAAGCACACUGUGGGUGCAGAUCGGUCAAAAAUUCACCCACUGGGACCAUGACCAGAUGAGUGUGGGAGCAGCCCAGGGCCUUGGUUCCUGGAGGUCAGCUGGGUCACACAGAAACUUUCACGGCUGUUUGGAAAAUCUUGUUUAUAACAGCGUGAACCUGAUAGACCUCACCAAACAGAAAGACCAGCGGGUCACUAUGAAGGGUAAUGUGACCUUUUCUUGCACUGAACCUGUUUCAGUUGCCCUGACGUUCACCAGCCCUCUGAGCUUCCUCUGGUUGACAGGGGUGAUGGAACCGUCAUCUACAGGUGUGAUGGUGGGGCUUCAGUUCAGGACAUGGAACAAGGCAGGGCUGUUGCUGACCUUUGACCUCCCAAAGCAAGGUGGUGCUGUGUGGUUGUACUUGAGCAAAGCUAGGCUCCACCUUCUGAUCCACAAGGCUGGCAGAGCGCCUCUGGAGCUUGAUGCAGGUUCAGCUCUGAGUGACGGUCAGUGGCACUCUGUGGAGCUGCUCUCCAGACGAGGACAUUUGACUGUCACUGUGGAUGGAGAUGAGGGAGCCACUGCUCAUGCCAGUCCCUCAUUUCUUAUUACCACAGGAGGUCAACUCUUCUUUGGUGGGUGUCCUGCUGAAGAGAGCAGCCAGCAGUGUGUUAACCCCUUCAAGUCUUUCCAGGGCUGCAUGCGUCUGCUGACCAUGGACAACAAACCGGUGGACUUGAUCAUGGUGCAGCAGAGACUGAUGGGAAACCACAGCCACCUGCAGAUUGACAUGUGUGGCAUCAUCGACAGGUGUUCCCCGAGUCACUGUGAACACGGAGGCAGCUGCAGUCAAUCAUGGAGUACCUUCCACUGUAACUGCUCCAGCACUGGCUACAGUGGAGCCACCUGUCACAGUUCGAUAUACGAGCAGUCCUGUGAGGCAUACAAACACAAAGGCAACAUCUCUGGGUAUUAUUACAUCGAUGUGGACGGAAGCGGACCCAUCAGACCCCAGCUGAUAUACUGUAACAUGACAGAGGACAAAACCUGGAUUGUGAUCCAGCACAACAACACAGAGCUGACCAGAGUCCGUCCAACGCUGGGAAGGACUCAGCACUCAGCUCGCUUUGAGUACACAUCUGGAGAGGAGCAGCUGGCAGCCAUCAUAAGCCAAUCAGAGCACUGCGAACAGGAACUGACUUAUCACUGCAGGAAGUCACGCCUCAACACAGCAGAUGGCCCAUCUCUCAGCUGGUGGGUUGGAGGUCCAGGUGCAGGACAGGUGCAGACUUAUUGGGGUGGAGCUGCACCAAACAGCCAGCAGUGUGCCUGUGGUCUGCAGGAGAAGUGUGUGGACCCAAAACACCACUGCAAUUGUGAUGCUGACCGCACUGAAUGGACUAAUGACUCAGGCCUACUGACCCAUAAGGAGACCCUCCCCGUCAGAUCUCUUGUGCUGGGUGAUGUCCAGCGGCCGGGCUCUGAAAGCGCCUACAGGGUGGGGCAUCUGCGUUGUCAUGGAGACAAGAAUGUCUGGAACGCAGCAUUUUUUGACAAAGAGACGUCAUACCUCCAUUUUCCCACAUUCCACGGAGAGCUAAGUGCAGACAUCUCCUUCCUCUUCAAAACCACCUCCUCCUCUGGUGUCUUCCUGGAAAAUCUGGGCAUCAAAGAUUUCAUUCGGAUUGAACUGAGCUCUUCCACUGAGGUGCUCUUCUCCUUCGAUGUGGGUAAUGGUCCGCUAGAGGUUCGUGUGACAGCUGGUUUCCCGCUGGACGACAACAGGUGGCAUCACAUACGAGCUGAGCGUAACGUUAAAGAGGCAUCGCUACGCCUGGACGAGCUCCCUGCUGCCACGCAGGAGGCUCCUGCUGAUGGGCACAUCCACCUGCAGCUGAACAGCCAGUUAUUCAUAGGAGGCACAGCAUCCAGGCAGAAGGGUUUUCGGGGUUGUAUUCGCUCUCUGCAGAUGAAUGGCGUCACCUUGGACCUGGAGGAGAGAGCAAAGAUCACCCCCGGGGUUCAGGCAGGAUGUCCAGGCCACUGCAGCAGCUACGGCUCACUCUGCCAGAACCAGGGUCACUGUGUGGAGAGACCCAACAGCUUUUUCUGUGACUGUGGCCAGUCUGCUUACACUGGAACCUUCUGUGAGAGAGAGGUUUCAGCUAGCUUCAAGUCAGGAACAUCCAUCAGCUACACCUUCAGGGAGCAGGUGCUGAGUAAUUUGAACAGGACCAGCAGCAGCAUCCAGCCCUCCUCCAUCUACUCUGACACGACCCUGAGAGCAGAAAACAUCUCGCUGAGUUUCAGGACCAGCCAGAGUCCCGCUCUGCUCCUGUAUGUCAGCUCACACCACAGAGAGUACCUGGCUCUGCUGCUAAACAAACAUGACCAGCUGGAGGUCAGAUACAGGCUGGACAGCAGUAAAGACACAGAGAUCCUGAGGAGCAAAGUGAGGAACCUUGCUAAUGGGCAGCUACAUGCAGUUACCAUCAGCAGACUUGCAGACUCUGUCUCUCUGCAGAUUGACAGGAACACCAAAGAGGACUUUAACCUCUCCUCUGAUGUAGAGUUCAAUGCCAUCAGGAUUGUUGUCGGCAGAUUGCAAGACUCUAUUAAUUUAGACCCAGAGCUGUCUCGUGUCGCCUCUCUUGGUUACACAGGCUGUCUGUCUGCUGUCCUCUUUAACUCAAUCAGUCCUCUGAAAGCUGCUCUGCUGAACUUGCAAACCAGUCCUAUAACUGUCACCAGCCCGCUGGUCCAGUCCAUGUGUGGUUCUUCUUCAGCAAAUUCUUACACAGCAGAAACCACACACCACCUGUCAGGUCAGUCUGGAUCAGUGGGAAGGGGUCAGCCUUUGGUGAAUGCCAUUAGAAGUGACUCAGCCAUGAUUGGAGGUGUGAUUGCAGUGGUUAUAUUUGUGACCGUGUCUGCUUUAGUCGUAAUGGCUCGAGUCCUCUACCGGAGGAAAGGAACGUGUCAGAACCAAGAGACAAAAACAGUAAAACCUGAGGACAGCCCGGAGCUGGCAUUCAGCAGCCAGACCAGCACACAGAACGGUCUGAGUGAGAACCAGAGAGAAUAUUUCAUUUAGACGGAGGCUUGACCUGCUGCUGACCUGACAGAGAGACAGAGGCAGAGGGAGACAGAGGUGCCUUGUCAAGCCUCAGUGCUCUACAUCACAAACUGAGCCUGAGCAGCAGCUCAACAGCACAGGAAGACACACUGAACUGAACACCUCUGUUCUGUCUUCUUUUGUUCCAUAUGCUUGUAGCCUCUGUGGUCGUAUUUUUGUAAAAAUUGUAUAUAAAUGUAAAAAAAAAAAACAAAUAUUGAAUUAAUUU